UAACACUUAACUUACAUAAACAAAUAUGGCUGCCACCACAGUGCUAAAAUUUACUAAAAUAUACUUUCGGAUGAAACCUUAUAUUUCCUUUGCAAAUACAACAUGUAAAUGCAUUUUUUGGAGUUCCAGAUUCACAAGCGAUCUUGGAAAACUUCCAAAGUUAUUGCCUAAACACACGAAAAAGUCCUACCAGCUGAGGACAGUAGCACUCGGACCAGCAUUGGCAUUUCUUGGCUUUGGAAUGAAGAAACAGGAAGAAAUGAGUGAGAAAGAUCAAGUUCGACAGAUAGUUUCCAAAGGAAUUGUUGCUAAACAGAAUGGCAACAUUGCUGAGGCCAGUAAAGCAUUUCAUGAGGCACUUACAAGGUCGACAGAUUUCCUGAAUGACAAAAAGAUAACUAAAGAUGACCAUUUAAAUCAUAGAGUAUUUAUCUAUGAUCAGAUAGCUAACCUGUCCAUGGAAAUGGGGGAUCUGAAAACAGCAGAGUUGGUCUUCAAGGACACAAUGAAAUUAGCAUUAAGUUUAGGGAUGUCAGAGAAUGAUAAUGCUAUGAUAGAGAUGUCACUGAAACUUGCUACAAUAUACCUGUACAGCGGUCGUACAGAUCUCGCUGUCCAGGGACUCAAGCACUGUAUAACUGAACAGGAAACUAAAUUGGGAGAGAAACCAGCAGCUGGAUCAGAUAAUAAACCAGCAGAUACAGCCAAGAUAAAGGAAGAGGAAGACAAUACUAAAGUGUUACUAGGGAAAGCUUUAAAACAUUUAGCUAACUAUCAUCUCCAGCAACGAGAUUUUAAAGCUGCUGAAUCGCUCAUGCUGAAAUCUCUGGAAAUUUCUCGGUCAACAUUAGGCAGCAAUGAUGAUAACACAUUUGUGAUAAUGAAUGAUAUAGCUACGUGUCAGAUAAUGCUGCAGGAGUAUGAGAAAGCUGAAAGUUUAUUGAACGAGGGCAUUAAACUUAGUGGUAAAGCUCAAAGUCUGAUGCAGUCUGCCUUUCUCUCAAAUCUUGGAGCUCUGUAUAUCAGAACAAAAAGAUUCAGUGAAGCACAGACUGCAUGUGAACGAGGUUUGAAGGUAGCAGAGAGAGGAAAUGAUGACUACCUGAAAGCACCAUGUAAAGCUUGUCUUGAACGGUUAGCACAGCUAAAAGAUUCUCAACAGAAAUGAAAUAUAACUGAAGAUUUAACCAAACAAAAAAAGUGUGAUAAAUGUGUAAUGUAGCUUUACCACAAGGUCACAAAUCAUCAUGAUUUUAAAUGUGACUGCAUAGGAAAUGUGACCUGGAUUUACCUGUAAAGAUAUAAUGUUCAUAUCAUCCAUUGUUUUAAGUUAAUAAAUGUUGAUUUGAAUAAA